AUGACGACGAUGACGAUGAUGAUCAAGUUGUCGGGGAUCGCCGUGUUCCUUGCCGCUGUGGCGACGGCCGCCCCGGCGGCCCAACAGGCGGCCGCCGUCCAUCAACCGUCCAUCCUCGAAGAAGCUCUGGACGUGUACGCGUCCUGCUCGGGCGAGGAGCAGGACGUCUCCGUCUGCUUGAAACUGAAGGCGCUCGGAUUCGUGGACAGGGUGGCCAGGUCGAGCGCGGACAUCGAGGUCGCGGACGGGUUCAAGAUCGUUGAGACGGAGGAGGCGAAGAGCAGCCGCGCGGACAAUGGAAGAUCUUUGAACGACAUCGAGAGUAGCCUGCCAGCCGAGGCGGGGGCCAAAGAGGCGGCCAUCGAUCAGGCAAUCCUCGACAGGACCGCCAAGUUCCUCUCCACCCACACCGUCGAGUUGAGUCUACCCGAGGACGUGUCCCGCUCCUUCGACGAGGCCCGAGGAAAGAAGAAGAAGAUCGUCAAGUCUCUGCUGCCGAUCCUGUUGCUGCUCAAACUGAAGGCCGCCGCUCUGAUACCGAUCGCGUUGGGCGGCCUUGCCCUGCUCGCGCUCAAGGCGCUCGCGAUCGGCAAGAUCGCGUUGAUCAUCAGCGCCAUCAUCGCUCUCCAGAAGCUGUUCGCCAACAAGCAUCAGAGUUACGAGGUGGUCGCCCAUCCUGUACACUCGUACGGGCAGGAAGACCACCACGGUUGGGCGAGAUCGUCGGGCUCCGAUCUCGCGUACAAGGCGUACAAACCCUCCGAAUAG